UGGAAUUCUAUUAGAAUGGCGCCAAAAAAUCUAAAAAUUUCUCUGCCGCGAAAGUCCAAUCCCUUCUUCGAUGGCUACCCUCUCGCGGCUGCCACCGAUUUCCGACUUGAACGGUCGCCGGCGUCUUCCUCUCCAAAAGAAGACCAGCCUCAGAACCACCUCGUUCCGCUGUGAAAGCCGGCCUCCCAGGAUCCCCGGCGACGAGGAGACUGGUUCUGGCAGCAACGCCUUGCUGAAGCUCGCUUGGUAUGGCUCCGAGCUCCUCGGUGUAGCCGCUUCGGUUUUCAGACCGGCUGCUCCGGAGAAGAUUAUCCGUCAGACCGAGCUAACCCGAGACGAGGCGGGCGCCGUUGCCCGGGAGGAAGUAGUGAAGGCGAUCAAGGAGGAUUUCAAUCGUUCGUACUUCGUCACGGGAAACUUGACUACCAGUGCAUAUGAAGAAAAUUGUGAAUUUGCUGAUCCAGCUGGCUCAUUCAAAGGACUGCUGCGUUUCAAGAGAAACUGCUCAAACUUUGGACUGCUUCUGGAGAAAUCCAAUAUGAAUCUUAUGAAAUGGGAGGAUCUAGAGGAUAAAGGAGUUGGGCACUGGCGAUUUAUCUGUGUGAUGUCAUUUCCAUGGAGGCCUAUCCUUUCUGCUACUGGAUAUACAGAGUAUUACUUCGAUGGUCAGUCAGGAAAAGUUUGCAGACAUGUGGAACAUUGGAAUGUCCCCAAAAUGGCUUUACUGAAGCAAAUAUUUAGACCCAGUCGUCUGCCACGUGAAUAGAAAACGGGAUAGUGUCCAGUAAGUGGGUAAACUGUCGAGUGUUGAGCCUUCUACAUUGAGGUUUGCAUUAUCUGUCUCUAUUCUCAGAAAUAUCUCACCGUCAUGCGGAUGCUGAGGUGAGUUGAAGGCAGGACGCUUAUUUUGGAGAAACUGUAUAUAUUUUGUCUCUUUGAGUUAUAUUCUUGCUACCGUCACCAUGCGUUUAAAGUCCAUGCUUGAAGGCUGAUGCAGUAUGUUAGCGUGCAACGACUAUUUUGCUUCUAUAGAGUAAAGCCAUCUACAUAUAUAGUAGGUGAAUCUGCUUCUUUGGACUGCUAAACCUUGUAAUUAUCGUGAUCUUUUGUGAACCUUCUGUUGUAUUAAUUUUAUUUACUUAGGUGAUGGUCUAAACAUAUUUCAUUUGAUAAAGCAAAUUCUUCUUUCCUCCUGAUA